AUGAAUGAAAUUGACAAGACUUUGCCACAGUUGCUCAGUAUGUUACGAACUACUGAAGGCAACAUGAAAAAGGUUGGACCCAAGCCCAUACUGAUGGUUCGUAACAACAAGGGCAAGGGAAAGGCCAAAGUUCAAACAAAGCCCAAGGGGAAGGGUAGGCCCAAACCUAGAAAAAGAAAGGCUACACUGAAACCUAAAGGUGGGGUGUCUAAGGAAGGAAAUUGCUUUUAUUGUGGUGUGACUGGACAUUUGAAGCGAAACUGCCCUAUCUAUCUUGAGGAAAUUAAGAAGGCCAAAACAGGCGAAACGUCUACUUCAGGUAUUUAUGUUAUUGAUAUUAAUUUAUCAACUACUACUUCUUGGGGACUACAAAGAAGUAGGGCUUUGGCUAGAGGAGAUGUGGACUUGCAAGCUGGAAAUGGAGUAAGAGUUGCUGCAUUAGCUGUGCACAAUUGA